AUGCGCCCCCUGCGCCCCGACGGCCCCGGCUGGGGGCUCCCCGGCUUUGCGCUACUGCUGCUGCUGCUGCUGCUGCCGCCCCCCCAGCUGCCGGCCUUCGCCUCGGAGAUUCCCAAAACGAAGCCAAAGGCGGCGAUACGGCAGCGGGAGGUGGUGGACGUGUACAACGGGAUGUGCUUGCAAGGACCUGCAGGCGUGCCUGGGCGAGAUGGGAGCCCGGGAGCCAAUGGGAUUCCUGGUACCCCUGGAAUUCCAGGUCGGGAUGGAUUCAAAGGAGAAAAGGGAGAAUGCCUGAGGGAGACCUUUGAGGAGUCCUGGACCCCCAACUAUAAGCAGUGUUCCUGGAGCUCUCUGAAUUAUGGCAUUGAUCUCGGGAAAAUCGCAGAAUGCACGUUCACCAAGAUGCGGUCCAACAGUGCCCUGCGGGUUCUCUUCAGCGGCGCCCUCCGCUUAAAAUGCAGAAGUGCCUGCUGCCAGCGCUGGUACUUCACGUUCAAUGGAGCUGAAUGUGCAGGACCCCUGCCCAUCGAAGCCAUCAUUUACCUGGACCAAGGAAGUCCUGAGCUGAACUCAACGAUUAAUAUACAUCGCACUUCUUCUGUGGAAGGACUGUGUGAAGGCAUCGGAGCUGGCUUAGUGGAUGUUGCCAUCUGGGUGGGCACCUGUUCAGAUUACCCAAAAGGAGAUGCUUCAACCGGCUGGAACUCCGUGUCUCGCAUCAUCAUUGAAGAGCUACCAAAAUAAAUCCUUUCAUUUUCACCCCUA